CGGGUCCGGGACCGGGGCCGGAGCCGUGCCGGGGAAGAAGAGGAAGAGGCGGAGGCGGCCGUGCCGGCAGCCCCGCCGCCCGGAAGGCUGGUGCCUGCCCUUCCCGUGACCGCGAACCCGCCAGAGCCACCGCCCGCUUCCAGCAGGGGCCGGCGGGGGGAGCCGCCAUGGCGGGGGACGCCCCCAGCAGCCUCCCGGUGCAGUUGGUGGAGCAGCCCAGUGACACAUCUAGAACCUCUAAAUGGAAACUCUGAAGAACGUUCUGGGAACUGUUGCUGUAAAACUAUUGCUGAAGCUGAAGGAGAGUUUUAUAGCAAAAUUUGGAUCAGCGCCCAAGUUUUAUGUUCGUGCACCAGGGCGAGUCAACUUAAUAGGAGAACAUAUAGACUACUGUGGUUAUGCUGUGCUCCCCAUGGCUAUAGAACAAGAUAUACUGAUUGCAGUAGAACCUGUAAAUAAUGACGUUGUGCAACUGGCCAAUACAAAUUCUUUGUACUUGGAUUUCAGUACUAGUGUUAAUGACAUUCAGAUUAAAAAAAACAAACCUCAGUGGCAUAACUACUUCCUAUGUGGACUGAAGGGUAUUCAGGAACAUUUUGGUCUUAAUAACCCAACUGGAAUGAAUUGUCUGCUAGAUGGAACCAUCCCUCCAAGUUCUGGUCUUUCUAGCUCCAGUGCUUUGGUGUGCUGUGCAGGACUCGUGACACUAAGAGCUAAUGGAAAAACCCUCUCUAAGGUGGAACUUGCAGAAAUUUGCACAAAGAGUGAACGUUACAUUGGCACAGAAGGUGGAGGAAUGGACCAGUCAAUCUCUUUUCUGGCAGAAGAAGGAACUGCCAAGUUGAUAGAGUUCAGUCCUCUGAGGGCAACUGAUGUUAGACUUCCAAGUGGAGCAGUGUUUGUUAUUGCUAACAGUUGUGUUGAAAUGAAUAAAGCAGCAACUUCUCAUUACAAUAUUAGGGUAAUGGAGUGUCGUCUGGCUACAAAGCUUCUCUCAAAGUCAAGAGGCCUGGACUGGAAAAAAAUGUUGAGACUCCAAGAUGUGCAAACCAAGCUAGGAGUUAGCCUAGAGGAAAUGCUGACCAUUGUCGAGGAGGUACUACAUCCUGAGCCUUACAGCACAGAGGAAAUUUGUAAAUGCCUGGGAAUUAGCCUGGAGGACCUCCGCUCUCAGAUCCUUAGUCAAAACAUGCAAGAUGUUUCCACCUUCAAGUUACACCAGCGUGCAAAGCACGUGUAUAGUGAAGCUGCCAGAGUGCUGGAAUUUAAGAAGAUAUGCAAUGAAGCACCUGCCAAUGCAAUCCAGCUGCUGGGAGAAUUAAUGAACCAGAGCUAUAUCAGCUGCAGGGAAAUGUAUGAAUGCAGCUGUCCUGAACUGGAUCGGCUGGUAGACAUCUGCCUGCAAUCUGGGGCCGUUGGGUCACGUCUGACUGGAGCUGGAUGGGGUGGCUGCACUGUGUCAAUGGUGCCUACUGACAAGCUGAAUACUUUCCUAAAAAAUGUUAAAAAAGCUUAUUACCAAAAUGAUGUCCAAAGGUUAGCAUUGGAGAAUAAUAGUCUGUUUGCUACCAAACCUGGAAGAGGAGCUUUGGUUUUUGUUGAGGCCUAAAGAACAUAAUUUUUUUAAAGAAACUAUGUAGAGCAUUUAGAACUGGCAGGACUUCCAAUGCCACAGUAAAUGAAAGCCUUCUCUGUUUUUUAUUAUAGUGAGCAGUUGCUAUUAUCAAAAUAUAUUUCUGAAGAAGUGAUUAAAAGAACACUAAGAUCUAUUUUUUCCCAAUACUAAAAAUAGAUUUCAGUGUAAACAUCAAUUUACAAAAACCUAUUGACACAGAAAACUGAAAUUGAAGUAAAGAUGAUGGUUUGUUAUAGCAGAUCUCUUUUCUUUUCCUUCUUCUGUCAUAAAAGUAAGACCAGGUGGAGCAACGAACCAUUUUAUUGUAGGGUAGAAACCUUGCAGUAUUUGCGGAGUUUUCAGUGCUUACUCACUUCAGCUGCUGAAUGAUGUUUUGUUUACAGAAUCCUAUAAAGAUGAAAGACCUAACUAAGGAAUUAAAAAGAAACAAAACA